CCACGUUCACUGACCUCCGCUAGAGCAGCACUGGUGCUCUGACUGCUCCGAUGUUGGUCGAAUUCCAGUGUUUACACUCUGAGGGACCAUGUCGGGAUUCCGAACCGCAUCUGGGCUCUACGCCGGGAUUACAGUUGCGUCCGCUUCCUCAACACACACUUUCUUUGCUGCGCUUGCAUCGAUAGUCCGAGUGGAGUAUAAAUGCCCUGGUGGUUCGCCCGCACCGGUCGCUCGUCAGCGAGCCAGCCUCCACUGCCCUGAGACGGCUUGUCGAUGCCGGCCCUUGAUUUCGCCAAGAGCCUCACUAUCUGACGCCGCGAUCACUUCCGCUGACUGCUGAAGCAACGAUUUUGGCCCACCAUCUUUGCGACAUAACAGCGCAUCUCCGCCGCUAUAUCAAGUACGCAAGCAAGCCAAAACCAUCGUAAUGCACUCAAAUUGGCUUGUCGUCCUGAGCUGCCUGCUCGCGGUGCUCGGCCUGGUCCAGGGUGUUCCCGCCCGCCCCAACAUUGGCUGCCAUUACUUGGCAAAGUCUCCGGAGCAGUGCGAGCUCGUCCAGCCGACCCUGAAGCGAGAAAAGUGCUUUGUCUUUGGCUUCAGGUCCCAGGAACAGUUUAACUGUCUGCAAGUGAUCGAUCUCGUGUACUACAAAUGCCUCAAGGAAACGGCCGACUUUGGCGAGUUCUGCUAUUCGCUGGACGUCGAGGUGCUUCUCCGCUCCAAGUCGGUGCAGGAAUCGUACAGUUGAACCGAUGCGCUAUGGAGGGCCCUUUGAAUUAAUAGCCGCCCUCGGUUACAGCAACUGCAUCAGACCAUGUAUUUUGAUAUACAUAUGAUAUCUCCACUUGCACUCCAGUUGAUAUAGUCAUAGUUACAGUCAUAGUCUCUCCCACAUCAUGUACCUUACUCUCCCGAGAGUCGCAAGGCACCCAGGACCGGCUGGCUAUCGCCAUAAUGUUGAGCAGCGUUCGCCAAAGGCCCCCACUGUUGGAUGGUCUGCCCUCGAUGGCAAACUCUGUGCCAGUGUGGUUUUGAAUAGACACAUCUGCUCUGUAUGGGCGAUAAUUGACCCGC